CCGGAGUGGGCGACAGUCAGGGUGUUUGGUGGGGGGAUUAAGGGCUCUUCCUCCAUGUCUUUACUCUCGCUCUCUUUCUUUCUCUCAGACUUUAUAUUUAAAUAUAGUGCAGUCGAGUACAGUGCAGGGCAGCGGAGAGGUCUUGGAACAUGAUGGCAGCGCGACAGUUUGGGAUAUUUUUUGGAGUUGCAACGACUCUCGCAGCUUUAAUGGGUCUGGUGCAAUGUAAUGAAGAGUCACAGCUGAUCGGCGACUUGUUCAAAGGCUACAACAAGAAUAUUCGGCCAGUAGUUCAUCCUGAAGACCAGGUGCAGGUUCAGAUCAAGUUAACCCUCACCAACCUUAUCUCUCUGAAUGAAAAGGAAGAGACUCUUACAACCAGUGUGUGGAUUGAGAUUCAAUGGGUUGAUUAUCGCCUCACCUGGAACACAUCUAACUAUUAUGGCAUUGAUGUUAUUCGUGUCCCAUGCAGGACUGUUUGGCUUCCGGACAUAGUCCUUGAGAACAACAUUGAUGGCAAAUUUGAUGUGAAUUACUAUGCCAAUGUAUUAAUCAGCAGCAGUGGGUGGUUGUACUGGCUGCCUCCUGCUAUCUAUCGCAGCACUUGUGCCAUCGAGAUUACCUACUUCCCAUUUGAUUAUCAAAACUGCACGCUAGCAUUCAGAUCUCAGACGUACAGUGCCAGUGAAGUGGACCUCAUGCUGGCUGUUGGAGAAACAGGAGAAACUAUUGAGUGGGUAGACAUCGACCCUGAGGCUUUCACAGAGAAUGGCGAGUGGGCCAUCGUCCACCGUCCAGCCAGGAAGAUGAUCAACACGAAGUAUUCACCAGAUGACCUGGAGUAUCAGGAGAUCACGUUCAAUCUUGUCAUUCAAAGGAAGCCCCUGUUCUACAUCAUCAACAUCAUCCUGCCUUGCUCCCUCAUCUCCUCACUGGUUGUAUUGGCCUACUUCCUACCUGCACAGGCUGGAGGACAGAAACUGACAGUGUCCAUUUCUGUCUUGCUGGCUCAGACUGUCUUCCUGUUUCUUAUUGCUCAGAAAGUCCCUGAGACCUCUCUUUCUGUUCCUCUCAUUGGCAAGUACCUGAUCUUUGUUAUGUGCGUCACUACUCUCAUUGCUACUAAUCAAAUUGUUGUGCUGAACUUCUCGCUGCGCAGCCCCAGCACUCAUACCAUGUCCCAUACCAUCAAACAUGUAUUCUUGGAAAUGGUUCCCCGCGCCUUGGGCAUGUCCCCUCUGGUGGAUGACAGUGAGGUGACGACAGAGAUGAAUGGGUUGAGGGAGCGCCGCCGCAGCUCCUUUGGCCUACUGCAGAGGGCAGAGGAAUAUGUCCUGAAACAACCACGCAGUGAAAUGAUGUUUGACAAACAAAGGGAGAGACAUGGUCUCACACGAUCUAUUGUGGACAAUGUAGAUGUCAGCAGUACGGCAAACCUGUAUAAGAGUUUGGCUCAAGCUGCACCUGAGAUUAAACAAUGCGUGGAUGCCUGCAACUUCAUCGCCGAGAGCACAAGGCAACAAAACAACACUGGAUCUGAAAUUGAAAGCUGGGUCUUGAUUGGGAAGAUGAUUGACAAGGUGUGUUUUUGGGCUGCCUUUUUCCUCUUCAUCAUCGGCACAGUUGGGAUAUUCCUAACAGGACACGUCAACCGGGCACCAGAGUUUCCAUUUCCUGGGGAGGAUAAGAAAUAUGUUCCGAGUUAAGAGGAAAACAAAAAUCAGUGCUUUCUGUUGUUUUCUCUUAAAACCUUUCCAGGUUAAUUGCACCUCGUGCUGUCUGUAACGGUGAACAGUCUUGCUCAUUGUUUCUUAAAAGGCUAAAAUUCACGUGUGAUUGUAGUCUUUGCAGCAGGGCUUUGAUAACAGCAAAGCUGCCUGACACUUGUCAGGCAGCUCAGGGGUUUCAUUGAAAAGUAAAAUUUCGUUCCACGUUUGUCAACUUAUUGGAUUUGGUGGAACUGACUGGUCAGGUCUAGUUAAAAAACACAAUCACAAUAAUUAUUACCAUUACCAUCAUAAAUAUCAGACGAAAUAUUUUAGUUUUUGUUUUAUGAUAAAAAUAUCUUAGCUGUAUGAGUUUAAGUUCCGGUCAUAGGUGCAUUGGGAGGAAAAUGUCACUUGAGAGAGUGUAAAAACCUGUGUUUUAUGUUACGUGGAGCUAUAGAUCAGGGCUGGACUGUGUUUAUAAACAGACGCAAAGAAGAUUUAUUGACUGAUUUUAUUUAUAUGCUGUGUGCUACUGUUGCCUGUCUUCAUUAGCUCAUAAGAAUGACCAGUUUAGUGGCUUGACUAACUGGUCAUGUCUCCUUGCCCAUAUUAUGUCUUACAGGAAGAACUCGUGCAUGUAACAGCUACAACUCAGAAUCAAAGCCUUAUUCUUCAUACGAUGACUUAUUUAUUGAAAGGUCUUGUUUAGGGUAGAUGGGUCAGUGGAGUCUUGAUAUUAUUGUGCCAUGUUUUUUAAAUAAAUACUUUAUUUUGUCCAUCA